AUGAAUCGCCGGUUCUCAAUGUAUUUCUAUCUUCCGGAUGCAAAAGAUGGAUUGGAUAAUCUGGUGAAGAGAAUGGCAUCUACUCCUGGAUUCUUGGAUAGUCACAUUCCAACUCAAGAAGUUGAAGUUGGUAAAUUCGGAAUCCCAAAGUUUAAGUUGUCUUUCGAGUUUGAGGCUUCAAGGGCUUUCAAUGAAUUGAAAGUGGAUGCGGCGGUUUCAUUGUACCAUAAAGUUUUGAUCGAGAUCGAUGAAGAUGGUGCAGAAGCUGUGUCUAUUGUUAAAUUAGUAUCACAUGGAAAUCACACCAAUGGUCUCAUCAAAGAUAUUCUUCCUCCUGGAUCCGUUGAUUCUGGAACCGAAAAGGUUUAUGGAAACGCAUUGUACUUCAAAGGAGCCUGGAAAGACCCAUUCAAAAAGUCUUUGACGAAAGUAAAAAAGUUUCACCUUCUUGAAGGCAAACCCGUACGUGUGCCUUUCAUGAGAAGCUACGACAGUCAAUACAUUGAGGUUUACGACGGUUUCAAGGUCCUUGCACUACCAUACCGACAAGGCCCUGAUGAUGGUAUCAACCGGAAAUUCUCAAUGUAUUUCUAUCUUCCGGACAAGAAAGAUGGUUUGGACAAUCUUCUUGAGGAAAUGACAUCAACUCCUGGAUUCUUGGAUCGUCAUAUUCCAAAAGACACAGUUGAAGUUGGUGAUUUCAGAAUCCCAAAGUUUAGGUUCUCUUUCAUGUUUGAGGCUUCAAGGGCUUUGGAGGGAGAUGUUUUAACGAAAAUGUACCAUAAAGCUUGUGUCGAGAUCGAUGAAGAAGGCGCUGAAGCUGCUGCUGUCACUUUUAUGGAAUUGGGAGGCAUCUUUUUCGAGCCCCCUCCUCCAAAAAAGAUAGAUUUUGUGGCUGAUCAUCCAUUUCUUUUCUUGAUUAGAGAAGACAUAACCGGAACCUUCUCAUUCGGGUUUGAGACGUCCAAGGAGUUCAAUUUGGGGUUUGAUGUGGUGGAUUUGUACCAUAAAGCUUGUGUUGAGGUUGAUGAAGAAGGUGCUGAAGCUGCUGCUGCGACUGCUCUUGUUUUUAGCUUUGUGGCUGACCAUCCGUUUCUGUUUCUGAUUAGAGAAGAGAGAACCGGAGCCGUUUUGUUUGUUGGUCAGAUGUGUGAUCCUUCACUAUCUACUUAG